AUGUCGAAUGCAAAUAACGCUCCAGCACCAAAAGCAAAUCAAACUUUAAAUGAUUUUCAAAGUGUUCAACAAAAUGAUUCAAAGUUUUGGCGUAAAAUUAAAGCAGAUCCAAUUGUUCCAGCUGGUAUGGCAGGGUUUGGUUUGAUAGUACUUGGAGCUAUCAUAGGUUUUAACAGACGAGAUCGAAACAAGCCCACGUCAACGUACUGGAUUCGUACUCGUGUUUACGCACAAGGUUUUGUCGUAUCUCUACUUACCGCAGGAGCCAUCUACCAAGCAAUCAAAGCCAACUCAGAGCCACAUGAUAUUCAUGGUCACAGUUUGAACCACGACAGUCAUGGUCACAACCAUGGUAAAACUCAUUGA